AUGGCAACGGCUACUUUGGCAAGACAAAUAGGUGGGGCUAUUACAAAAGCUACCAGCAGCACAAGCUCUGGAAACGGAUGGUACAGCCCUCACAUGGCUGCUGCUUCUCGCGCCAUCGCUGAACGGAUCCCAUUGGUCGAUCUCAUUCUCGAAGUCAGAGAUGCGAGGAUUCCAUUGUCAUCAGCGUAUGAUCAACUGAGGAACUGUACAUCCUCGUCAAAGCGAAUUAUAGUGAUGAACAAGAUGGACCUUGCAAAUAAUUCACAACUGAAGGAUUGGAUGAAGUACUUUGAGCAAAAGAAUUACAUUUCGUAUGGAGUCAACGCCCACAACAAAGAGAGCAUUCAGCAGUUGUUGAACUUUUUGCAAGCUCGAGUCCGAGAAUUGAAGAAAGUUGAUCACUCUAGUCAUACCACAACAAUAUUGCUAGUUGGAAUUCCUAAUGUUGGCAAGUCAGCUCUUGCCAACUCCUUGCAUCGAAUUGGAAGGAUUAGUGCAGCAGAGAAAGGAAAGUUGAAGCACGCUACUGUGAGUCCACAGCCCGGUGAGACAAAAAAUAUUACUGGCUUGAAGAUUGCAAGCCAUCCCAAUAUUUAUGUGUUGGACACCCCAGGUGUUUUGCCUCCACACAUUCUAGAUGAUGAGGUCUGCACCAAGCUAGCCUUGACAGGAACGAUUCAAGAUUGUUUUGCUGGGGAAAACGAACUAGCUCAGUGUUUUCUGUCUAUCUUGAACAGGAGUGAUGAAUACAAGAAGUGGGCACAAUUGUCCAACAGUGAGAAUGAAAGAUCUUUUGCAGAUCGCAAUAUAAAAUGCUCAACUAGCUCUGAAAUGGGCAUGAAACGAAAAAGGCAAUACCCCACUGAUCACACACAGGAUUUCAUAGUGCAUGAUGUUCGUCGGACACUCUUUGAAGUGAUAUCAUCUUUUGAUGGUAAUGUGGAAGAUGAAAGGCUUAUUGAGGAAGAGUUCAAGGCCAUGCACGCAGCUUUUCAGGUUCCUCUGGAAUCCGAACAUUACGCCCAAAAUAAAAUCGCAGCUAAGUUGUUGAAUCUUUUUCGUACUGGAAGGCUUGGACAUUACAUUUUAGAUUCUAUUCCAAGAAAACUCUAGCUCGGAGUAAUUUCAUGUGAGUAUUUAUUUUCAAGCUAUGCUAUCGGAAAACUGCCGUCAUUCUUUGGAGUAAUUUUGGUAAAGUAUCAUUCUUGUUGGGCAA